UUCUGAGAGGUUCGAGGUCUGACUCUGAUCAGUCAUGGAGAAGCAGAGCCUCUCAGACAGCUAGAGACACGACUUACCCGAGCAGCUGACAGACAGACAGACAGCUGACAGCAGGUUGAUCUGAGAGCCGAGGGAGCUGUGCUCGUGUCAGGAUGGGCUGCGCGAUCUCUGGAUCCGGAGUGACUCCCAGAUCAGCAGAGAGCAGAAACACUGAGGACGAAGCUCCAGCGAGACUCACUCCGGAUCACAUCCAGCUCAUCAAAGAGUCCUGGAGAGUCAUCCAGGAGGACAUCGCCAAAGUGGGAAUAAUCAUGUUUGUCCGGUUGUUUGAGACUCAUCCUGAGUGUAAGGACGUCUUCUUCUUGUUUCGGGACGUGGAGGAUCUGGAGAAAUUACGCACAAGCAGAGAGCUCCGCGCACACGGCCUGCGCGUGAUGUCGUUCAUCGAGAAGAGCGUGGCCAGACUCGAUCAGCUCGAGCGCUUAGAGACUCUGGCGCGGGAACUCGGCAAGAGCCACUUCCGCUACAACGCGCCGCCCAAGUACUACGGGUAUGUAGGAGCGGAGUUCAUCUGCGCUGUUCGGCCGGUUCUGAAGGACAGAUGGACAGAUGAACUGGAGCAGGCCUGGAAGACACUGUUCCAGUACGUGACGGGGAUCAUGAAGGACUCUUAUCUGGAGGAAGAACGGAGCAGACACAAACACACGCAGACCCCCAGCAGAGAGCGACCAGACAAGACAAACACAGCCAUUUAA